AUGCCCGUGCAUCGGCCCAGCACACCCGCUACUCUCACUGGUGGCAUCCGUCGAAUACGUCGGUCUCUCCUCGCCCCCAGCAUGAUUCGAAGGGUGAACCACGCCCCCACGAUACCCAUACUCACUAUACCCACCUGCGCCCCUGUCGUCCAACAGCUUCUUCGAGUUCCCACCCUCCCCGCUCCCAAAAAUCGCGCCCGCGAUCUCCGCCACGUUACCCAGCCCCAUCUUCUCCAUGCUCUCGGACAAACUGAACCGCUUGCCAGGACGGGCCUGCUCUCCGCGGUAGCGAUCCUGACGCGCCCGCCGCCCGACGGCCAGGUCAUUCAGCUGCUCCCGCGCGAAGGCGAGGCAGUACUCGAGCAUGAGCCAGAGGAGCCAGCAUACGAGAGCGACGAGGAUGCUGAGGGCGAGGAGGAGGAUGACGAGCUCGAAGGAGGCGAGAGGGUGGCUGUUGCUGUGGUUGGUGGUCUGGAUGGAGGGAUUGUUGUUGUAGUCGGGUACCGUAUCGGUGUUAGCGAGGGCGGGAUGAUGGCGGUGGAUUCGGGAGCGGAAUGCUCGGGUUCGUUGGAUGGCAUUGCCAGACCAGAUUCCCGUCUGGCUUCCACUGCAAUCUGCAUCUUUGAAGAAGAGAACGUGCCGAAGGCGAAGGAAGGAGCUUUGCAAGAGGAGGUCAUCUCCCUGAUCACUGGAAUUUUGGGUUUCGUCACCAGUCUAUCCUAUCCGUAUGCUGGAGAUGUCCUCAACUCGGGAAGUGACGAGCGACGCCGAGAAAUGGAUAGAAGCCAAGCAGCAAGCAGUAAGCAAGGACCCAGCCAUCUCGGAAAUUCUCAAUAUCAAAGGGGGGGGGCUUCUUCUAUAUACAACUACGUUGUGGUUGAGUUGGAGAAAGUGCUUCGCGAAAUUGCUUGA